ACCAGUAAGGGCGAUGAAACUACAGUAAUCAAGGGUGUUGAAGUUGUCAACAACCUUAGUGAAUGAUGAGUUUCGAUCUAUUACUAGAUACUAUAGUUUUACCAAUGUCUGUAUCCAUUUUCUGGUCUUGAUUUAUUCCUUUUUUUUCUUAAAGAGACUGGUUCUGCAGUUUGGACAAUGAAUUAUGAGGGAGAGAUGGGAUCUAGCUGGUGACAGAAAGAAUGAAGAAGGGGAUGACUAAUGGUUGGUGAUGAUGUUUUCAUAGAACAGAGAAGGAGCAAAUUAGAUUUUUAUUGAUUAAGUUUUUCUUGAAUAACAAAUUUAGAGUUAUUACACUUUUAUAAUCUAAAAUUAUGGAUUUUGCUGAUUAACCUUCUUGAAACAUAUCAAUUUAAUAUAUUAUAUUCUUAAUAUUUUAUUUUUUUAAAAAUCAUUUAAUAUAUCACGUAGAGGAGUCAUGGAUAUAUGCAUCGCAUGGUAAUUAGCGGGGUGUUGAGAAUUGAAAAACUCGAUUUCCUGUUCACCCUCUGUCUUCUUUCUCAUUCUCACAAUCUUUCCUCCUUGUCGUUUAUGCUAUUAUCACAGUGAGAGAGAAAAGAGACACAGAGAGAGAUCAAUUUGUAUUUCUUCUAUUAUUACUAUUAUUGUUGCUGUGAAUACUCAUUCUCUAGGGUUUGGUGUUCCACUUCAGAAGCAAGAUACUGAAGGAGGAGGAGAAAGAGAGCUCGCUGGCUAGCCUAUUAGUUUCUGUAAAUUAGGGUUUUAAUGUCAUUCUUCUUAUUUUUAAUAAAAUCAAUUCAAAUUUGAAAAGAAGAGAGGUUGGUAAAACUGUUGCGAAUUUGAAUCUCUCUGUGCGUACGUGCGCGCGCGUGGAAAAAUAAAAAUAAAGAAAGAGAAGAUGAUGGAAGGGAGGAGGAUAUCAGCAGCGAAUCCAAGGCCGUGCUCAGGGAGAAGGAUAUUAGCAGCGAAGAAACGGGGUCGUUCUGAUGGGUUCUUAAACAGUGUUAAAAAGCUUCAAAGAAGAGAGAUUUCUUCUAAACCAGAUCGUUCUUUCAGCAUCACCAAUGCCCAAGAGAGAUUUCGCAAUAUGCGUUUGAUGGAAGAAUACGAUACUCAUGAUCCGAAGGGCCAUUGUUCAGUGGUACUACCUUUUUUGAUGAAGAGAACAAAAGUUAUUGAGAUUGUCGCCGCACAAGACAUCAUCUUUGCUCUUGCACAUUCUGGUGUGUGUGCUGCUUUUAGUAGAGUGACAAAUCAUAGGAUAUGUUUUUUGAAUGCGAGUCCUGAUGAAGUCAUUCUAAGCUUGUUCUACAAUAAAAACAAUGAUUCUGUCAUCACUGUUUCUGUCUAUGCAUCAGACAACUUCAGCUCCUUGAAAUGCAGAUCAACAAGAAUUGAGUACAUUCGAAGGGGUAAUCCAGAUGCAGGUUUUGCUCUGUUUGAGUCUGAAUCCUUGAAGUGGCCAGGUUUUGUAGAGUUUGAUGAUGUCAAUGGAAAGGUGCUAACAUACUCCGCACAAGAUAGUAUAUACAAGGUUUUUGACCUAAAAAACUACACUAUGCUGUACUCUAUAUCAGAUAAAGAUGUACAAGAAAUCAAGAUCAGUCCAGGCAUCAUGUUAUUGAUUUUGAAUAGAUCAAGCAGCUAUGUUCCUCUUAAGAUUUUAUCAAUAGAAGAUGGCACAAUUCUCAAAGAUUUCCAUCAUCUGCUUCAUCGAAAUAAGAAGGUGGACUUCAUCGAGCAAUUUAAUGAAAAGCUUCUUGUCAAGCAGGAAAAUGAGAAUCUCCAGAUUCUUGAUGUUCGACAUACUGGUAUUAGGGAAGUUAGCAGAACUGAGUUCUUGACACCAUCAGCAUUUAUCUUCCUGUAUGAAAACCAGUUGUUCUUAACAUUCAGAAAUAGAACUGUUGCUGUUUGGAAUUUUCGUGGAGAGCUUGUUACUUCAUUUGAGGAUCAUCUCUUAUGGCGUCCUGACUGUAACACAAAUAACACAUACAUAACAAGUGACCAGGAUCUUAUCAUUUCAUACUGCAAGGCUGAAUCUGAUGACCAGUGGAUGGAAGGAAAUGCUGGUUCUAUCAAUAUCAGCAAUAUCCUGACAGGAAAAUGCCUAGCUAAAAUAAAUGCCACCAAUGGCAGUCCCAAGGAUGAGGAGUGCUGCAGCAGUACUGGAAGCUCAAAGCAGAGCUGCUCCCUGAUGAAAAGCACAGUUGCAGAAGCCUUGGAAGACAUCACUGCCCUUUUCUACGAUGAAGAUCGCAAUGAAAUCUACACCGGUAAUAGGCAUGGUCUAGUUCAUGUGUGGUCAAACUAAAGAUAAGUUUUUCAUUAUUUUGAUUUGGGAACUUGGAAACUGCAAAGUAGAGGAUGUUGUCAUGACUGUGCUACAUAUCUUUAGUGCACUGUAUCAUUAGAUUGCAUCAGAAUUAUUGAUUCCGUAGAUAUACUUGGAUUGUCAUGUAGCAGUUUGUACAUUAGUAAAUAGGCUGCUUGGUUGAAAUUCAUAGGUUAAAAUGUCCGGACAAGAAUAUUUUGUAACAUUCAUUUGUAUUUGCUGAGUAAACAAAAUGUUUGCUUGUUAA